AUGGCUCGAGACAGAUUAGCAGCUUUAAGGGCACAACAGGGCGGCCAGUAUGAUAACAUAAGCGAGCCUUCCUAUCCUGCUCAGUCAACACCAGAACGCUAUCAGUCACCCCCUUCUGGCGGCCGACGGGGCAACCCGUUCGCCCAACCUCAGCAACAAUCAGAACGGUACGAAAUGGAGGAGCGUAACCCCCCCGUGAGCGCUAAUGCCAACGGCGCGGGCUAUGGUGAUGAUGACAUGUCUGGUUUCUAUUCAGAGAUAACAUCAAUCCAAGAGGACAUCAAAACAUUCAAUAGCCACGUCCAACAAAUCUCCGAGUUGCACUCGAGGUCGUUAAAUAAUGUGGAUGACGAAAUUAGUAAGCGUAAUGCUUCCCAGCUUGAGGCUCUCGUGGAGGAUACGAGCGCACUUGGUGCUGUUUUAAAACGCCGCGUCAAGGCUCUCGAGCGGCAGGUGGGCUCAGGGCGUGAAGCGCAGAUCAAGAAGAACCAGAUUGGGUUGGUUAAGUCCAAGUUCGUUGAGGCGAUUCAGAGCUACCAAGAGGUUGAGCGCCAAUAUCGUGCUAAAUAUAAACAACGCGUUGAACGACAAUUCCGUAUUGUUAAACCCGAUGCAACCCCAGAAGAGGUGAAAGCUGUUACCGAGGACGAUGGGGCUCAGAUCUUCUCACAAGCUCUAAUGAGCUCCAACCGAUAUGGUGAAUCGCGGGCGGCAUAUCGUGAGGUCCAGGAGCGACAUGCCGAUAUCAAGCGAAUUGAGAAGACUCUGACUGAGCUGGCGCAGCUGUUUAAUGAUAUGAGUGUCAUGGUUGAGCAGCAAGAUGAAGCUAUUGAUGUCAUUGAAGGGCACGCAGAAAUCGCCGAGAAGGAUCUCGAGACAGGGCUGCAGCACACGGAAAAAGCUGUUAACUCGGCGCGGGCAGCUCGCAAGAAGCGUUGGAUCUGUUUCUUCAUUUGCCUUAUCAUCCUUGCGAUCAUCGGCAUCGUCGUCGGUGUAGUCGUCUCAAAUAACCUGAAACCUAAGCAUUAG